AUGCCACGAGACGAAGACGAAGAAAACAGUGAAGUCGGAGAAGAAGAGGAAACUGAGCCCAAACAACCCGAAUACAACUAUGACGAGAUCGAUGAGGAGACAGGGUUCAAGAAGGUUGACAAAAUGAUUUGGGAUUUAUAUAUGGAAGCUAGGACCUCUCACUUGAAAGAGAAGGAAUCGGAAGAUGCAGAAAAUAAGGAAGAACCAAUGGAAGAUGAUUUUGACAAAGAUGGGUUUAUUGCUUCUAUGGUUGAGAGUAAACAUUUAAAUGAUAAUCGCGUCAAGAUGGUACUUCGACUCGGAUUGUAUAAAGGAGAGGUGAACGAAUUCAAUGAACGACAUGGAGAAGGCCAUGCUAUUUAUUCCAACCAAGAUCAAUAUAAGGGAGGAUUUCAACAAAAUUUAAAGCAUGGAAACAGAGGAUUGUAUAUUUACUAUUCGCAACAUCCAACAGCAAAAACAUUGCUCAAUGAGGAUUUAGAAAUUAUGAAAAUGAAAGAAACAGAUGAAGUGAAGAAAAUACUGUCGCAAGAAGACAAAAGUGACGAUGAAAAGUUGAAAGAAGCCUCUUCCCUUAUUUCCUCAAAAGAUCCCUUCUCAAGAUACCUUCCUCAUAGAGUGUUCUACGUGUUGAAAUAUGGCCCCUAUCCGUUCUAUGAAGGACCAUUUUGUAACGAUAAAAAGACGACGUCUAUGGAUGCAAAAUACCUAGUAGAUCAAGCCUUCGAACCACCUAAUUUUGUUGUGGACCCAGAGGCAGUGAUCAAAUACAAGGACGGAUCAAUUUAUAUUGGACAAUUCUUGGACAGCAAAAAACAUGGUUUUGGAACAAUGUACUAUUCGAACGGAGACGUUUACAGAGGAGAAUGGAAAAACAAUCUCAAACAUGGUGUUGGUGAUUAUUAUUUUGCCUCCAACAAGAGCUCAUAUCAUCAAUCCACUUGGGAAAAUGGACAGAUAAAAUCAGGUCAAUGGAGAAUGCCUUGUGGAACUGUGUAUCAAUCCAAUAACUUAUCAAAACAAUCACCAUUCAACAGUACAGGAACCUUUAUCUUUGAUUCCACCACGUUUAAGGGAGAGAAAAAGAAAAUACAAGUGCACGGAACAUUUAUUGAGGAUGAGUGGCAACCAAAGAGUGUCGUACUUGCACAGGAACACUAA